AUAGUUCGUCUUCGAUCUCAGUCGACGAUGUUUAUCUCAUACAAGCAAACAAAAGGCCAUUUUACUGAGUAGACUACUUGCAAUGACAUAAUUAAACAGUAAAGUGUAAACAGAAGAGUAAAUCAAUUUGAAUUUCCCGGUAUUUUGUUGCGCAUGCGUGAGAGUCUCUCUGUGAUUGGUCGUGUUUCGGAACAUUCAAAAAUCAACAUGAGUGAAUUAAACAGUGUCAGUCGAUCUGCGUGCAACAGUAAAGCGAGCAUGAUUGUUGUUUCAAACAGAUUACCUUUUGUUUUGAAGAGGAAUGAGAAGACCGGUGUAUUAGAGCGGAAAGCCAGUGCUGGUGGACUGGUUACCGCGGUCGCGCCGGUGGUUAUACGCGGCAAUGGUAUUUGGGUGGGAUGGCCCGGCAUCCACUUGGAUAACCCCAGUGAGAGCAUUCCAGAAUCUGACCCCAACGAUAAGACGCCUACGGCUGGUCUACGCUCUAGUAAGAUUGUAGCCAUACAUGCAGAACCAAAGCUUUUCGACAGCUACUACAAUGGAUGUUGCAAUGGAACUUUCUGGCCUCUGUUUCACUCUAUGCCGGAUCGAGCCACCUUCAUUGCUGACCACUGGCGAGCUUAUAUCAAGAUCAAUGAGGAGUUCGCAGAAAAAACCGUACACGCCUUAAAGCUACUGAAGGAAACCAAACAGAAGAAUACUUCACCGCCCAUCGUCUGGGUACAUGAUUACCAACUUAUGCUGGCUGCUAACUGGAUUAGACAGCGCGCUGAAGAGGACGAGUUGAGAUGCAAACUGGCAUUCUUCCUUCACAUUCCAUUCCCGCCGUGGGACAUCUUCAGGCUGUUCCCAUGGUCCGAUGAAGUGCUACAAGGAAUACUUGGAUGCGACAUGGUUGGAUUCCACAUUACGGACUAUUGCCUGAACUUCAUCGAUUGUUGCCAAAGAAAUCUAGGUUGUCGUGUUGACCGUAAGAACCUGCUCGUUGAAUUGGGAGGUCGUACAAUUUGUGUUAGACCACUCCCAAUCGGUGUCCCAUUCGACAGGUUCGUCACGCUGGCUCAGAACGCUAAACCAGUGCUGUCAACAAGCCAGAAAGUCAUUCUCGGUGUGGAUAGAUUGGACUACACCAAAGGUUUAGUUCAUAGGCUCAAAGCGUUUGAGAGGCUACUGCUAAAACAUCCAGAGCAUAUAGAAAAAGUUGUGCUGCUUCAAAUUUCGGUGCCAUCGAGAACAGAUGUUAAGGAGUAUCAGGAUUUGAAGGAGGAGAUGGAUCAGUUGGUUGGCAGGAUUAACGGAAGGUUCACGACGCCGAACUGGUCGCCAAUUAGGUAUAUAUACGGCUGCGUGGGGCAAGACGAGCUGGCUGCUUUCUACCGCGACGCAGCUGUUGCUUUGGUCACACCACUACGAGAUGGAAUGAACCUAGUAGCGAAGGAGUUCGUGGCGUGUCAAAUUAAUACGCCUCCUGGUGUUCUGAUAGUUUCUCCUUUUGCUGGUGCAGGAGAAAUGAUGCACGAAGCUCUAAUAUGUAACCCUUACGAGUUGGAUGAUGCAGCAGAAGUUAUUCACAGAGCGUUAAUAAUGCCCGAAGACGAAAGAACAGUCCGUAUGAACCACCUGCGCCGAAGGGAACAAAUGAAUGAUGUGGAUAGUUGGAUGAAGAGUUUCCUCAAAGCCAUGGACUCGCUUGAGGAGGAGGCAGAUGAUAUUGGAGCUACCUCCAUGCAACCCGUCACAAUUGAUGACUUCGACGAGUAUCUCUCAAAAUACAUUGGUUACACCCAAAAGUUGGCUCUUUUAUUGGAUUACGAUGGUACGUUAGCUCCUAUAGCGCCACAUCCUGAUCUGGCCACUCUCCCAUUGGAAACUAAGCAUACCCUGCAACGGCUGUCAAAUAUGUCGGAUGUCUACAUCGCCAUUAUAUCAGGCAGAAACGUCAAUAAUGUAAAGGAAAUGGUUGGAAUAGAAGGUAUAACGUAUGCUGGUAGCCAUGGUCUGGAGAUAUUACACCCCGAUGGCAGCAAGUUCGUGCACCCAAUGCCAAUGGAGUUACAAGAUAAGGUCGUCGACCUACUCAAAGCUUUGCAAGAACAGGUAUGUAAAGACGGUGCCUGGGUGGAGAACAAAGGUGCUCUGCUAACCUUCCAUUUCCGAGAGACGCCUGUGGCUAAACGUGCCGCUCUCGCAGAAACUGCUCGGAGACUUAUCACCUCUGCUGGCUUUACACCUGCUCCCGCGCACUGCGCUAUUGAGGCGAGGCCGCCUGUACAGUGGAAUAAAGGUCGCGCAUCCAUUUACAUCCUGAGAACUGCAUUUGGUCUUGAUUGGAGUGAGAGGAUUCGUAUUAUUUACGCUGGUGAUGACGACACAGAUGAAGACGCAAUGCUGGCACUUAAAGGUAUGGCCGCAACAUUCCGUAUAGCAUCGUCGAACAUAAUAAAGACGUCCGCAGAACGUCGUUUGUCAUCCCCAGACUCGGUACUGGCAAUGCUCAAAUGGGUUGAACGACAUUUCUCCAGACGUAAGCCCAGGGCAAACUCUCUCACAUAUAAAAGUGCCAGAUUAGCUCGCGAUACACUUCAGAUGCAUGUUUCGUACCAACUUCCUGCUCGGUCGCCAAGACAUACUCCACCACGCACCCCAGAUAAGAUCUCUGAUAAAUCUAAUUCAAGUGGGUCUGAAUCCAGUUAAAUCACUAAUUGCCAAUAUGAUUAGGGCAUAUAUCUCGGGUACAUCUUUUCUGUUGCAUUAAAUUAUCUGUGGUCUUUUUUAAUGUAUGAAUUCUUUAACUAAAAUUAAUUCUGAUGAGAAUGUGAUAAUUGUUAAAAUCAUUUUUUAAAUUUCAUUUGUAAUUUAUAUUUAGAUACUUUUAUAUGAGUUUUCAAUUUAUUUAUUUAAAAUUAGUUAAUUUUAACCGCAAAUUUUAUAUGAUCGUGUGAAAACAUUUCAUAAGUGUACGUUGAUUGUAUAAACAUUUUUGAUGACAUUAUGUAUUAAAAAAUCAAAAUAAAAAAUAAAACUCGCACAUUUAACUAUAACGUUGUAUACAACAUCCAAACUCUACACCAAUUAUCUGGUACAAGUAAUAACUUUUCGGAGCUUUUAACUUUUGAUAACUUUAUAUAAGGUGAAUGCCAAUUUUGAUACAUUUAAAAUUUCUCAAACGGAAUAUACAAUUUUUUUUCGCAUACAAUGUACUACAAAUAUUAAAACAAAAUAGUUCCUAUACAAAAAUCUGAAAUAAAUUACGUAUUUCAAUUGUAAGUAUUUAUCGUGAAAUUGCGUAUUUAGGGGUAUAUAGUUGUGUUGUAAGCACAAUUUUUAAAGAUUAUUUAAGUAAUUCAAUACUCUCAAAAAUGGCUGUUUGUGUGUAUGUGGGAGUGAAUAUGCUAGUCCUAUUAUGAAGACUAGGAGUUCUAAAUGUUCUUUCCAUAACUUAUGUAUUUUUAGAUACAAUUUAUGUUUUCUAUGUUAGAAAUAAAAUUCAAUAUGGAUAAAAAUAUGUUUUU